AACUAUAGCAACGAAAAAUAUUGACAGCAGGAGAAUUGCGACCUAUUUUCAACUUUUAAAAAUGAACUAAUCACAAUAGACAAUUAGGAAAAAUACUCAAAUGGAUUUACGACAUAUUUUUAACAAGAAAAAUCUCGCUAUUAUAAUUUACAAAAAGUUAUAACUGCUCAUCAUAAUUAUUCACAAAUAAAAAAACCCGUGACAAUUCUACUCUUAUUGAUGAUUUUUUUUCUCUUUUCCAAUUUAGUUGUUUAAAUCCCAGCUAAGCGAGAGAUUUGUGUCUGUGUGGAAUAAAUUGGAACAAAUUUGACCAACAUUCGGUCCGUACUUUGUUUAUUUCCGUCUACCUCCUCCUCUUUCCUUUACACCAACAAUAACAUGUAGCCGAUAGAUGGUUUUUUAAUGAAAUAUUGAAGUGCGAAAUAAAGUUAACACAUUAAUCUAUCACGUGGUUAAAAAACAAAAAUAUCAAGCAUAUGGAAAAACUUUGCAAACUAGCGAAUGGCCACCUUUUCUUCACAACUAUCUUCUGAUUCAAUUUUGCUUUCCUUCGAAAAUAAAAAUGUGAAGAAAAAAAUAGACGAGUUGAUAAACGAAAUAAAAAGACUCAGAAAAACGAACUGGAUUUAACAAAUAGGAACACAAAAAAACUUUAGUGAGUAUGAGCUGUGUCUACAUAUGGCCACACGUGAGUGGAAAUUUCGGUCAAAUUGCACUCGUUAUUCUUACCUGUGUUGCUAUGACAAUUUCUAUACCUGGCAACAUCUUAACCGGUUUUAUUGUCAUCCGAAAUGAAACGUUACGAAACGAACCCGCGUAUCUAUUGAUAUGCUCAGUGUGUUUAGCAGACAUUAUCGUGUCUACGAUAACUCAACCAUUUUUUAUCGCUACCAUGCUUUUGGGAACGCGAAAAUCGUGCAACCUUGAUAAUACGUACUUCUCCUUUGCUUGGGUCUCUUCAGUAUCAUCAGCACUAGGCGUAAUAACAAUCACAUUCGAUCGCUACCUUUACAUCGUCCAUCCUCUACACUACCGAACAUACAUGACACAACGUCGCGCCAUUAUGAUGAUAACCGUUGUAUGGGCGAUCGCCAUUAUGUUUGGCACGCUUCCACUGUUAUGGCACAACUCCUUGGUACUUCACACAAUCACACUAGUUGUGCUUGUUGUGAUAUCUGUUUUCAUGGCUUACACUUACGGGCGAGUAUACAUAAAACUGAGAACUACCAAGGAACCACCAACACUAAACACUGCGUCGAAAAAGCGGAAAUUAAAAAGCCAGAAUCAAGCCACUCGAACAGUUUUACUUGUCGUUUUGGCAUUUUUUGGAUGUUGGUAUCCAUGGAGUAUCAUAAGUUUCGUGAUCGCCCUACACGAUGCUAUGCCAGGCUUGCAGUCGUACGCAGUUAAUUCGUAUGUGUUGAAGUUACAUUGGAUUUCGCUUACUUUUGGCUACUUUAACAGCGCUCUUAAUGUUUUUAUUUACAGUCGAAAAAAUACAGUGCUACGUUCCGCAAUAGCAAAAUACUUGCGCUGCAAUAGCGUUCGAGCAGAAUCGAAUCUCGCCGAACACAAGUCUCCGAAAAAAGACGAUACGACAAAGCCGCGCGCAGCUAGUGCUUUUAGCAUAUUUCUUAAAGACGAGAAAACAAAACAACCUAAUCGUAAAGAUAAAAGAGACAUAGUGAUGAUCAAUGAUAUACAUUGUGCCACUCAAAUCGUUGAGUUCACGUCACGGAUGGCGAAAUCUCAAAUCAAUCAGAUGCCGGCGAUAAAUCUUAGAAAGAAGGAAACAUAUAUAUGGCCGACAAAAAUGACAACAUAUAAUUUUAAUCAUAAACGACGUUCUGAGACAAUGAUCACAGUCUUGUCUCUAAGUUAGAAUGUGGUUUCAUUGCACACACCGAUAUAGAAUUACACGUGGAAAAGGUGGGGUGAACAGAGUGUAUGAAAUCUUUAAGCACUUGAGUCUUUACACAGAGAAAUAAAAUAUAUAUAAAUGAACAACACUUACCAAGUUUCUGACUAGAUCAGCAGCAAAAUGAGUAUCUUGCGCUGUGAUUAGCGUGUAUGCAAUACCCUUUCCACCUAGAAUGAAAUAGCAAAUAUGUUAUUUUUUUAUCUUAAACCACCCUCACUUUAUAAAACAACAGUAUCUGAACUUCCAACUAAAAAAAUAUAUGUAAUUUUUAGUUGAUUUGUUGCUUAACAAUAAAACCUUUUUCGGACCAAUCUGCUAAUCCAAGCUAAUCAGAAAUAAUACAACAACAAAAUAAUUGGGUUAAGGUUAGAUAAUAUUCACAAAAUUCUGAUGCUUAGAAAAAUUCACUAAGUUAUUCCGUAUCUCAGGUUUUCGUUUGACAAAAAAAUUUACCAUGUGUAUACAACGUUGUUUAGCACUAAGCAUGAGAGCGGAGGAAAAUAAUGCUCGCAACUGAUUAACAUUUGGACAUAAUACAAUCCUUUGCGCAUG